AUGGAUGUACUCGCCUUGGAGGCAAAGAAAGACACGGGAGCAGAUUCCGAUAAGAAGUCCACACCGAGGCCCAAACCCAAACCUCCCAAAAAGGCCAAAAGGACAGUUUACUUUGAGGUGGAGAUUGUGGACUUGAAGACCAAGGAGAAACUCCUACUGCUGGAUAAGGUGGAGCCGACUGCCACUAUCUUGGAUAUUAAAGCCUUGUUCCACAAAUCGUAUCAAAAGUGGUAUCCCGCCAGACAAUCUCUGCGUCUGGAUCCAAAGGCCAGGUGUCUCAGGGAUGAGGACGUUCUGCAGACGCUUCCUGUGGGAACCACCGCCAGCUUCUACUUCAGUGACCUGGGACCCCAGCUCACAUGGGGAACUGUCUUCCUGGCCGAGUGCGUGGGUCCACUGAUCAUCUACCUGAUGUUCUACUUCCGUCUCCCCUUCAUCUACUCCCCCAAAUAUGACUUCACCAGCAGCAAGUUGUGGGUCGUACACUUGGCCUCCAUGUGUCACUCCCUCCACUACGUCAAAAGGAUUUUGGAGACGCUGUUCGUCCAUCGUAUCUCCCACGGGACCAUGCCUCUCAGGAACAUAUUCAAGAACUGUGGCUAUUACUGGUGCACUGCAGCUUGGAUGGCGUACUACAUUAACCACCCUCUCUACACGCCUCCCUAUUACGGGCAGCAGCAGAUGAAUGCAGGACUCUAUAUUUUCUUGGUCUGUCAACUGGGGAAUCUUUCCAUCCACAUUGCACUGCGUAACCUCAAAAUUACAGGUUCAAAAUCCAAGAAGAUUCCUUAUCCAACGAAAAAUCCGUUCACGUGGAUCUUCUGGCUCAUUUCGUGUCCGAAUUACACGUACGAGCUGGGCUCCUGGAUCGGCUUCACAGUGAUGACCCAGUGUGUGCCUGUGGCCUUCUUCACUCUGGUGGCCUUCAUCCAGAUGACCGUGUGGGCCAAAGGAAAACACCGCGGCUACUUGAAGGAGUUCAGAGAUUAUCCAACCCUGCGCUCGUCCAUCCUCCCAUUCAUCCUGUAG